UAUCAUGCAUAUAACAAUUUUGGCAGAAAAUGAGUCAUACAACAUAAACUUUAUAGUAUUCUCCUAUACAUGUCCUACUACUCUCAGGUCCUAUUCAAGAACAGGAUUUCCAAACAACAUGCAUUAAGAAUCACAUAUUCACAUUCAAAUUCAAUAAUCCUCCUCCACCAAGUUCUAUCAAAACUAUAGUCAAGAAUCAAGAGAUCAUAUAGUAAUAGGUCUAUUUUAUAAUGGAACAAAAGAAAUCUUGUUCUUGUGUUCAGAGAGUUCGAGCCACACUUUCUGAUGGUGUUAGCCCAAGUUGGCUAUGCAUUCUUGUAUUUCAUCACUGAAACUUCCUUCAACCAUGGGAUGAGUCCUUUCUUGUAUGUAACCUACCGCCAUAUCGUAGCGGCUGUUAUCAUGUUCCCAUUUGCAUUCUUUCUAGAGAGAAAUGAGAGACCAAAGCUCACAUUUGCUCUGUUCAUGGAAAUUUUUGUGCUUUCCUUGGUUGGGAUUUGUGUACCAAUCAAUAUGUACUUUGCAAGCCUGCGGUACACUUCUCCAACCUUUGUUGCUUCCAUUGUCAACGUCAUAGCUUCCCUUACCUUCAUCAUUGCCGUAGUACUAAGGUUGGCCAAUUAGUUUUGGGCUUCAUCCUUGUAUCUUCUCUUCUACAAUAAGACCUAAAUAUUUGGAUUGCGUUUUAAUUUUGUUUUUAAUAUUUGAAAUAUUUUAUUUUAUUUUUUAUUUCAAAUGUCUUGUUUUAUUA